AUAAAACUUCAGCGAGGGCAGGUGCUCCACUCGCACUCCUACUCUCUAGCUAGUCUGUAGAUCUUUUCCUUCCUUGCAGAUCGGAUCGGAUCAUCAUGGGCUCGAUCGUUCAGGCCGAGGAUCAAGUCCCCGUGUAUGAAUCCGGCGCAGAGGCCCUGCAGAAGCUGCAGGAGAAAUGGAAAUCCACGCCGGCGCCGUUCCCGGCCAUGUACUCGAGCGUGCUGGGCGGGAUCGUGCUGGACCCGGCCAUGAUGGUGCUCCCGAUCGACGACCACAUGGUGCACCGCGGCCACGGCGUCUUCGACACGGCCAUGCUGCUCGACGGCCACCUCUACGAGCUCGACCCGCACCUCGACCGCUUCCUGCUCUCCGCCGCCAAGGCCAAGGUGGGCACCCCGUUCCCGCGCGACACCCUUCGCAGCAUCCUCGUCCAGAUGACCGCCGCCUCGGGGUGCCGCAAGGGCUCCAUCCGCUACUGGCUCAGCUCCGGGCCAGGCGACUUCCUGCUCUCCUCCAGCGCGCUCCCCGGCCCGGCCUUCUACGCCGUCGUCAUCCCCUCCGACUACGACCAGUGCCGCCACGGCGUCAAGGCCGUCACCACCUCGGUGCCCAUGAAGCCCCCACUGUUCGCCACCAGCAAGAACGUCAACUACCUCCCCAACGUGCUCUCCAUCAUGGACGCCGAGGACCGCGGCGCCUUCGCCUCAGUCUGGGUCGACGAGCAGGGGUUCGUCGCCGAGGGGCCCAUGGUCAACGUCGCCUUCGUCACCCCGGCCGGCGAGCUCGUGCUGCCGGCGUUCGAUAAGAUUCUAAGCGGGUGCACCGCCAAGCGCCUGCUCGCGCUCGCGCCCAAGCUCGUCGACGCCGGCCUGCUCACGGGCGUCACCACCAAGUACAUCACCGUCGACGACGCCAAGACCUCCGUCGAGAUGGCCUUCGUCGGAAGCGGCCUGCCCGUGCUGCCGAUCGUCGAGUGGGACGGACAGGCCAUCGGCGAUGGUACAUAUAUAUUUUAA